GGGAUGAGGAAGCUCUCAGCAUCUCUGCAUCAGCGAGACAAAUAUUGACCGAGUCCAGAGCAAUCUGGUUAUUGAUUCAAAGCAUAGCCUCAGUCUCUCUCCCUCCCAGUGGCUGGUUACAUCCUUCUGGCUCAUUGCAUUUAAUCGGAUUCCCUGAGUUGCAGAGCAGAGGCAGAGAGUUAGAUUUUUUUAAAAAAAUCCAUCCAUCUGAACGAUGUUCACUUCUAAAUCCAAUUCCGUCUCUCCUUCUCCAUCUAUGGAACAUGCAGAUUCAGAUGCCUUGGACAUCAGCACCAAAGUGCAGCUGUAUGGCGUGCUCUGGAAGAGACCUUUCGGGAGACCGUCUGCCAAAUGGUCCAGGAGAUUCUUUAUCAUCAAAGAAAGUUUUUUGCUUUACUAUGCUGAAGGAGAAAAGAAGAACUUUGAAAACAAUCGAUAUUUUAAUAUACAUCCAAAAGGUGUCAUACCUCUUGGUGGCUGCGUCGUAGAAGCCAAAGAAGAGCCCAAUAUGCCUUAUGCAAUGAGAAUAUCCCAUGAGGACUUCCAUGGUAACAUUGUUCUAGCAGCAGAAUCAGAGUUUGAACAAGCUCAGUGGUUAGAGAUGCUACAAGAAUCUGGAAAAGUGACCUGGAGAAAUGCUCAACUGGGAGAAGCUAUGAUCGAGACCCUCGAAGCACAAGGACUCCAGCUUGCAAAGGAGAAACAGGAAUAUUUAGAUAAGCUGAUGGAGGAGACAGAGGAGCUGUGUCUGCAAAGGGAGCAGAGAGAGGCUCUGGAGCACCUCAACCAAGUCCUGGAAGCAGAGAAGCAGCAGUUUGAGGAGGUGGUGCAAGAGCUGCGUGGGGAACAAGAGCAGAUUAAGCGAGAACUGGAAAUGACAGCACGCUCUCUCAAAGGAGUGGAGGAAGAGAAGAAAAGGCUUCAAAGUUUAACAGAUGUGUUACAGAAAACACUGGAAGAACUUUCCCUGGAAAAGCAGCGAACCCUGGAAAUGCUGGAAGAGAACAAAAACCACUUGCAGCCCCAGACCACUGCUGGUGAGCAGCCCGAUGCUACUGGGUGUCUGCAAAGCAACCUGCACCAGAUUGAGGAGAAAAUGCAUCAGCUGCUAGAGGAGAAACUUCUGGCAGAGAAAAGAAUGAAGGAGAACGAAGAGCGUUCCCGAGCACUAGAGGAGGAGCGGGAAUUCUACUCUUCCCAGUCACAGGCCUUGCAGACCUCACUGUCUGAGCUAACUGCUGAGAAACAACAGACUGAGAAAGCCCUCAAGGCAGAGGUGAGGGUGCGCAUGGACCUGGAGAAGCGCCUGCAAGAGGCUGAAGAUGCCCUGCAGAGUCUUGAGCAAGGCCUGAAUUGUAUGCAUCGUAACAAGGAGAAGGAAGAAAAAAUGAAAGCGGAUGUCAGCAAUCUGAAAAAAUUCUUUGAAGAAUGUAUUCGGAAUGCUGAAUUAGAAGCCAAGAUGCCAGUGAUCAUGAAGAACUCUGUGUACCUCCAAAAGGCUGCUACUCGCAGAAUAAAGAGCUGCCGAUUUCACCGAAGAAGAUCUAGCAAUGUUUGGAAUGAAUUGCGGCAGUCACAAUCGUUCAUGUCUUCAGAGGCUGAAAGCAUAGAAGAGCUGAAGCAAGCAGCCAAGAGGCUGAGUCAAGACCAGCACUUCCGGGAAACCAUCUAUCGGAUCAUGAUGUCACGUAAAGAUGCCACCUUAGGCAACAAAAAGUGAAUACUUUCCUCCUUCUGGGAGUUUCUGAACUCAUCUUGUCAUCACAGAGCUCAGCAAAAGCCAAAUUAUUGCAGUAGAAGUUAGCAGUGGGAUGUUGGCUGGCAAUCUGUUUUUUUUUCCUCCCAGGCAAUGAGGGGAUGGUGAGCAAAACAUUCUCCAUCAUGGCUAGCUACCAUUGCUGGAGGUAGAUGACCUGUUUAGUCCAGCACACCUUGCCUACUCUGCUAUCCCCUCCAGAUCACAUCAGCUAGUUCAGUUAUGAAAUAUUUUAUCAAGAAUAUGCAGUCAGUGUUAAAAGGAGCAAAUACUUUAGCUUGGACUACCAUGGUCAGUAUCCAACCAUAUAGACUAUACCAUAUACAGUUAUCAGCAUUGUAGUGAGAAUAUACUCUGCUUCCCUAAAGUUCUGACAGAUGUGUGGUGGAAUUCUCUAUUGCAACUGUGAACUAAUGAUGCUACCAGAGUUUAUAUAUACCACAUGUAUUUGGAGUAUGCUUAACCAGAUUCAGAAACAGGCUUUGCACAAAGUGGAAGAUACCACAAGGGCCAUCCAGUCCAACCCCUUCCUAAGCAGGAACACAGAAUUAAGGCAUUCCCAACAGAUGGCCAUCCUCUGUUUAAAAAACUCCAAAGAAGGAUACUUACCACCCUCCAAGGCAAGGUAUUCCACUGUCGAACAGCCCUUACCAUCAGGAAGUUCUUCCUAAUGUUUAGAUGGAAUCUUUUUUCUCAUAGUUUGAAUUCAUUACUUCAUGUCCUUGUCACUGGAGGAGCAGAAAACAAGCUUGCUCCUUCAACAUGACACCCCUUCAGAUAUUUAAACAUGGCUAUCAUGUCACCCCUUAACCUUCUCUUAUCCAGACUAAACAUACCCAACUCCCUAAGUCUCUUCUCAGACCUUUUACCAUUCUGGUUUCCCUCUGGAUAAAUUCUAGUUUGUCAAUAUGUUUCUUGAAUUGUGGUGCUCAGAAAGGGACACAAUAUUCCAGGUGAGGUCUGACCAGUGCAGAAUAGAGUGAUGCUAUUACCUCUCUUGAACUGGACACUAUUUUCUUGUUAAUGCAGCUCAGAAUUGCAUUGGCUUUCUUGGCUGCCGCAUCACACUGCUGACUUAUGUUCAGCUUGUGAUCUGCUAAAACUCCCAGAUCUCUUUCACACGUGCUGUUGUCAAGUCACAUAUCACCUAUCUUGUAUCUUUGCAUUUCAUUUUUUUCUGCUUAAAUGUAAUACCUUACAUUUCUCUGUGUUGAAAUUCAUUUUGUUAGUUUUGGCCCAGCUUUCUAAUCUGUCCAGG